AUGCAGAUCGCCGUGCUCACUUGCCUGAUUUCGCUUUUACCAGCAAUUUUAAGUGCCCCAGACGAUGGUUGCCCAAUGUGCGACCUCCACAACCCACUUCGCUGCGGCCCAAAUUGCUUACAAGUCGAUGACCAAGACGCGGAGUUUGAAAUUGACCCAUCAAGACAAGGUGAAGGGAAAGUGAGCACGAAAAGUUUGAAAUAUGGAAUAGGACGUGAUCUGAUAUGCCUCAACUUCCCCCCAAAGGGCAAAUAUGGUAGAUUGGAUACAGGCUUAGACGGUUUCAUAAUCAACAAAGGAAAGUUUAUGUCACUUAGGGAUCUGCUAGAAAUUGCAAAUUCCAAUCAAGGAUUCAAGGGCAAUUACAAGAAUCUUUUUGACAGCUACCGCGACAGCAGCGAUAUGAAGCAGACCCUUGACGUACUCGGUGGAAUUGUUUCGGGCAGGCAGGGUGGUUGGGGCAAACUAUCACCUCCAUGGGGCUAA